AGCCCCGGGAUAAACAUGGCGACGUCUCUGCAUGAGGGACGCACGAACCAGCUGGAUCUGCUCAUCCGGGCUGUGGAAGCAUCAGUUCAUAGCAGUAAUGCACACUGUACAGAUAAGACAAUUGAAGCUGCUGAAGCCCUGCUUCAUAUGGAAUCUCCUACCUGCUUGAGAGAUUCAAGAAGUCCUGUGGAAGUGUUUGUCCCUCCUUGUGUAUCAACUCCAGAAUUUAUCCAUGCUGCUAUGAGGCCGGAUGUCAUUACAGAAACUGUAGUGGAGGUGUCAACUGAAGAAUCUGAACCAAUGGAUACCUCUCCUCUUCCUACGUCACCAGAUAGCCAUGAACCAAUGAAAAAGAAGAAAGUUGGCCGUAAACCAAAGACCCAGCAGUCGCCAAUUUCCAAUGGGUCUCCUGAGUUAGGCAUAAAGAAGAAGCCCAGAGAAGGAAAAGGAAACACAACCUAUUUGUGGGAGUUUCUUUUAGAUCUACUUCAAGAUAAAAAUACUUGUCCCCGGUAUAUUAAGUGGACUCAGAGAGAAAAAGGCAUAUUCAAGCUUGUGGAUUCAAAGGCUGUCUCUAAGCUUUGGGGAAAGCAUAAGAACAAGCCAGACAUGAACUAUGAAACUAUGGGACGAGCUCUGAGAUAUUAUUACCAAAGGGGUAUUCUCGCAAAGGUUGAAGGACAGAGGCUUGUAUAUCAGUUCAAGGAUAUGCCCAAGAACAUAGUGGUCAUAGACGAUGACAAAAGUGAAACCUGCAAUGAGGAUUUAGCAGCAGCUGCUGAUGAAAAGUCAUUAGAACGAGUGUCACUGUCUGCAGAAAGUCUCUUGAAAGCAGCAGCUUCUGUGCGUGGUGGGAAAAACUCAUCUCCUCUAAACUGCUCCAAAGCAGAGAAGGGUGUAUCUAGAGUUGUGAACAUCACUCCCCCUGGUCAUGAUGCUUCGUCCAGGUCUCCUACUACUACCGCAUCUGUAUCAGCAACAGCAGCUCCAAGGGCAGUUCGUGUGGCAAUGCAAGUGCCUGUUGUAAUGACAUCGUUGGGGCAGAAAAUCUCAACUGUGGCCGUUCAGUCAGUUAAUGCAGGUGCACCACUGAUAACCAGCAGUAGCCCAACAACAGCGGCCUCUCCGAAGGUAGUGAUUCAGACGAUCCCUACUGUGAUGCCAGCCUCCACUGAAAAUGCAGACAAAAUCACCAUGCAGCCUGCCAAAAUCAUUACCAUCCCAGCCACACAGCUCGCACAGUGUCAGCUGCAGACAAAAUCAAACCUGCCUGGGUCAGGAAGCAUUAACAUUGUUGGAACGCCACUGGCGGUGAGAGCGCUCACCCCGGUUUCAAUAGCCCACGGCGCGCCUGUCAUGAGGCUGGCAGUGCCGCCUCAGCAGGCAUCUGGCCAGACUCCUCCCCGAGUUAUCAGCGCCGUCAUAAAAGGGCCAGAGAUUAAAUCGGAAGCAGUGGCCAAAAAGCAGGAACAUGAUGUGAAAACUUUGCAGCUGGUACAGGAAGAAAAACUGGCAGAUGGAAAUAAGACAGUGACCCACGUAGUGGUUGUCAGUGCGCCUUCAGCUCUUGCCCUUCCCGUAACUAUGAAAACGGAGGGACUGGUGACAUGUGAGAAAUAAAAGAGCAGCUCUCCCAUGGGCGCUAGAAUGUUAGUGCUAGUCCUGACAUUAAGCAUUUGCAAGGAUGUCAUCAAGAGAAGUCAGAAGACUUUAAAACAUUUGUAAUGCAUAUAAGAAAACAAUCAAACUUACUGGAAGUAAAUUACCUAUCCCACGUUUCAGUGGGAAGUGAACUACAUGUUGAGACGCUGACAGAAAACUGCCUCUUACAGUAGGAAACAACUGAACCCGUCAAUAAGAAGAAGGAUUGAAAGGGACCAAGCAACUCACUACAAUAUCAAGUUACACUAAGACUUGGAACACUAACAUUCUGUAAGAGGUUAUAUAGUUUUCAGUGGGGAGGGAUUGGGAUGGGUGAUCUCAUUGUUACAUAUAGCAAUUUUUGAUGCAUUUUAUAUGCAUACCAGCAAUUAUUACUGUGUUCACACAGAACUCACUUAACUGGUGCUAUGUGAAGACUGCUAAUAUAGGUAUUUUAGAAUGUGAAUUGAAGAAUGGAUCCAAAAGCUUCAGAAAGAGAGCAAAAACGAUCUAGUGCGAUUUUUUUUUUUUUUUUUUAUCAUAUAGCUUAAGCUGAAAACAAAGGCCUUAGACUAAUUUUCGGUUUUCUUUAUUGAAAUAAGCUAAUGGCUUGUUUGUGUAAAGCUUUUUUAUUAAAAGAAAAAUU